ACUUAUUCCUUGUAUUGGGUAAUUUUGAGGAGGGCCUAAGGGGGUAGACCUUGCUCUGAAUUGGAUAUUGAGAGAAGUGGGGUAGUUCAGUGAUGGGGGAUUUCAAAUAUCUAGGGUCAGGAGACUAUCCUGUCAGUAAAGCUGUAAUAGGUGAGGAAGUCGUCGUCGCUCCUAUUAACGGAGAGGGGGUGUUUUGUGUAUUGGACAAUGUUGAUGCUUCGUCUGUCUGUGUUCAGACAUGAUUUCAGGGAGGUCUUGUUUUUGGCUUAUUCUAUCACGGUCACAGAGUGACCUUGUCUGGUGUUGAUGUUCUGUGUAAUUAACUUAAAGAGGAGAAUUUGAGGGUCAGGCCAGCUCUGAAAUGUGAGGGCUGGUUUUUUUCUUCUUUUCUUAUAUGAGGUGUAAUUUCAGCCCCGUGUCUUCCUGUUUAUUGAAAGUGUUCUACAUUCUGUUCCACAAACAUUUAAUAAACCCCUGCUUUUUACUUGUUUCAGAGCUCGGUGUCCAAAGAGGAGCAUAACUAUUGGAUUGUUUGCUUCUAGGUUUAUUUUGACACAGCCUGGGAUAACCCCUUAGGAAACAGUCUGCCUUUCAUGGGAGUACUCACUUCCUGUGAAUGAGUUCAGCCUUCUCUGCAUGACCCAUUCUGGGACUGAGAAGAAUUUACCAGACUGGUAAAUGGCUCCUGGAGACUGAGUCUUUCAAUCCUGAUUCCUCAGAUCUCUGCUUUUUUGGAAGAGAAGCAGAAAAUGACCAAGUCUCAUGGUCCGUUGUCAUUUGAGGAUGUGGCUAUAGCUUUCACCAAGGAGGAGUGGCAGCAACUGGACCACGCUCAGAGGACCCUGUACAGAGAUGUGAUGCUGGAGAACUUCAGCCACCUGGUCUCAUUGGGGCAUCCAAUGUCCAAACCAGAUGUCAUCUCCAAGUUGGAACAAGGACAAGAGCCAUGGAUUGUAAAAAGAGAUAUACCAAGUUGGAUCUAUCCAGAGAGGGAGACUAGACUUGAAAAUCCUCAGUUGGAUAUACUUGGAGGUGUUUCCUUCCAAAAGGAGAUAUUGGCAAGUGUGACAAGGGAGCAUUCAUUGUACUCCAUUUUUAAGGUCUGGCAGGGUGAUGACCAGCUGGAGAGAGAUGCAGAAAAUCAAGACAGACUUCUCAGGCAAGUCAUGGUCAUCAAAAACAAAACAGUUUCUGAAGAGUCAGGCUAUUCCUAUAAGACAUUAGGAAAAAUAUUUCAUGACUACGUAGACCUAGAUGCUUUAAGACAAGGACUGUAUGACUGUGACUCAUUUGAAAAGAGCUUGGAACCUAAUGUAAACUUAUUCAGUUGUAAUAGGGGUUAUGCAAGGAAAAACACUGAUGAGAAUUUUGGGUGUGGGAGUACACCUAUUUCUUCCUAUUCUAAGCAUGAAAAAAUUCAUAAUGGAGUGAAACACUGUGAAGAUCGUCAAUGUGGAAAGAUUAUCAGCAAUAAACAAUCUCUUAUUCAAUAUAUGAAUGUUGAAACUGGAGAGAAGACAAGUGUUUGCAUUGAAUGUGGAAAAUAUUUUCUAAAAAAGUCACAACUCAUAAUACAUCAAAGAAUUCAUACUGGAGAGAAACCGUAUGAUUGUGGUACAUGUGGGAAAGCCUUCAGUGAGAAGUCACAUCUCAUUGUACAUCAGAGAACUCAUACUGGGGAGAAACCUUAUGAAUGUUCUGAAUGUGGAAAAGCUUUCUCUCAAAAGUCAUCCCUCAUUAUACAUCAGCGAGUUCAUUCUGGGGAAAAACCGUAUGAAUGUAAUGACUGUGGGAAAGCCUUCUCCCAGAAAUCCCCCCUCAUUAUACAUCAGAGAAUUCACACUGGAGAGAAACCUUAUGAAUGUAAUCAAUGUGGGAAGGCCUUCUCCCAGAAGUCACAGCUGAUUAUACAUCAUAGAGCUCAUACUGGAGAGAAACCAUAUGAAUGUACUGAAUGUGGGAAAGCUUUCUGUGAGAAGUCCCACCUCAUUAUACAUAAAAGAAUUCACACUGGGGAGAAACCCUACAAAUGUGCUCAAUGUGAGGAAGCCUUCAGCAGAAAGUCAGAACUCAUUAUACAUCAGAUAAUUCAUACUGGGGAGAAACCUUAUGAAUGUACUGAAUGUGGGAAGACCUUCUCCCGGAAGUCACAGCUCAUCAUACAUCAGAGAACACAUACUGGAGAGAAACCCUACAAAUGCAGUGAGUGUGGAAAAGCCUUCUGUCAGCAGUCACAUCUCAUUGGACAUCAGAGAAUUCACACAGGAGAAAAACCUUAUAUAUGCAGUGAAUGUGGGAAAGCCUUCUCUCAGAAGUCCCACCUCCCAGGACAUCAGCGCAUUCAUACAGGAGAGAAACCUUACGUGUGUGCGGAAUGUGGAAAGGCCUUUUCCCAGAAGUCAGACCUUGUUGUACAUCGGAGAAUUCAUACUGGGGAGAAACCCUAUCAGUGUACUAUCUGUGGUAAAGCAUUCAUCCAGAAGUCACAACUCACUGUACACCAGAGAAUUCAUACAGUGGUAAAAUCAUAAGAAUGUAUUAAGCACAAAAAAUGUCUUCUUCAGUAUUUUCUCAAGCCUUAAAAAUGACACAAAAUCCAUGGAUUUCAGUGAGUUUGGGAGCAUCUUUACUGAUGAAGUUCCUAAUGUAUUUAAUUUUUUUAUCAGCAAUAAUACAGACAUCUCUGUUAUAUAAAUAAUGGUUAUUUUCACUAUGACAUGUAAGACUUUUGAACUUGUGAACUGAAUGAUUAAUAUCACAAGUUACAUAUAUAGUUUAUUUUGAAGUUAUGUAUUUAUGUUAUAUAAUAAGAAUUGGAUAUAUGAUAAUAUUGUUAAUGUUAACUUAGCAUAAUUAUGGCUGUGCAGUAAUUCCCCAUAGAGGACAUAAAGAAAGCUUGAGUCAAAAGAUGCCGUGACCUUGAAACUGAGCCUGGGGGAAGGAUUUGAUUGUCAUUCCUAAAGGUACCUGUAAAAUUAUUCUUGUAGAUGGAUGGAAAGAUGGGUUGAUAAGGUCCAAUAAAUGUCAUCUCUUUGUUUGGUUGUUUGUUUCAUUUCAAGAAUUUAAGUUGAUCUGUGUCUGUGGAUGGACCCAGGAUCUUGGAAUUGACACUUCUUGCUAUUUCUCUCUUUUACUCUUCCUGUCUAGGAGCUUGGCGUGUUGGAAAGACAUAGAUGGUCAUUAGUUUUAAUGCUUAUUCCUCUACUCCCUGAUUGUGUAACUUCGGGGAAACCUUUUUUCAUCUGUUCCCUCAUCUAUGUGUAAAAUUCUGGCAGAGAACACGUUUUAGUUCAUAUUUGUCCCUUCAUCUUCCCUCUCUGUUCUUUUGCAGGAAGUUGCUAAUACCCAGGUAUAUAUCUUUAAAUUUGAUUUGCAUUCCAGACACUGUGUUUUUGAUUCCCCAGAUUUCUUUUUCUGUCUUUUUUCCAUUAACACUGCUCUUGUGUCUGGUGGCCUAAUUCAUACUGUUGUAGAGACCUUACUUUUAUUUUAUUCUGCAAAUACAUGUAAGUUAUGGUGUUUGCACAUAAAGACCCUGUGUGAUACCAUCACAGAUCCUGUUUUACCCUUUCCCAGAAGCAUCCGUUCUUUUUCCUAAGAAUUGAAUGGCCCUCAGGGAAAAAUCCACAGGGAAUGUGGAAGACAUGCCUGGGGUAGCCUACAUGGGCAGGUAUGAAUCAGGACAUAAAAAUCCCACCUGCUAUCCCUAAAAUGUUUCUCUAUUCUUUGUUGUAGGCCCAGCUCUUCUCUCAUAAGAAUCUUUAGGAAAGCAUCUUGAUGAGGAGAAGUCCUAUGUAGCAAGGAUGUAGUGACCUGUGUGGCUAAAUAUGAUUUCUGCAAGAAAGUUCCUACUUGAUUCCUUCAUAUGUCCUGCUUAGCAGCUCUUUCUCUGCAGGGCCCCAGUGUUUACACUGAUGAUGGUGUGAAGUUUAAGACUCUGUAUGGGAACCUCUGCAGAGGACAUGGCAUGCUUAUAAAGAUGUGUGAAUAUGUGUGAGAAAAUUCUCUGUGUCAUUGUAAAUAACAGUGAUUAAUAUUGGAUAUGAUUGGCCAUUUGGACCUGGGAAAUAAAACAUUCAGGCAUGUACCAUGGAGUGAUCUAUCUGCUUUGAGAGGUCUUGAUGGCAUGGGAAAAUUAGGGUCUCAGGAACAUACAGAAAUGUUGUGAGAAGGAAAUGAUAAUAUAGUAACAGUUAUGGAAAUUGUGUGAGGAAAAUAAAUAUUCAAGAGUUCUUAUCUUCUCAUGGGCCUUCCAUUUUGCCUUUUCACCUUCCAGCGAAGCUCACUGAUCUGAUAUGAUAUAAUAUGUACUAUAUAUUGCCAUAAAAUAUAGCAAAAUUUAAUACCUACGGGUGUAUAGGAAAAUUUCCCUUUAUAGUCUGGAAAAAAGAUAAUGUCCAUUCUCACCAGUUUUAUUCAACAUUGCAUUGAAAGACCUAGUCAGGGAAAGCAGGCAAGAAAAAAAGUUGGUAUAAUGAUUGGAAAACAAUAAAACACAUUAUUUGUUGAUAAAAUUUAUAUGCAUAGAGAUGAAGAUGUAUAGGUUAAUUAUUAGAGAUAGAAAGGG